CAUUUCCAGAGUUAAGAGCGAGCAAACUCCUCGUUCUACCAUUACUCUGCGAAAUUCAAAUUCGAAACGGAAGCAAAUCGGAUUGAUUUUGUUGGAAGAUGGAGCAGCUGCAAUCGCAAGUUAUCGAACACUUCGUGUGGAAAACCGUUAUUUCCUCCAACGCUAACGCCCUCGCUUCCGUCCUUGUAGAAGCCACUUCUCACCGCAACCUCUUCACUUUCUCAGAAAUUCUCUACCUCCCACAUCUUCAACAGCUUAAAGCAACUGAGAAUUCUGUUUAUCUUGAUAUGCUUUGGUUUUUUGCAUAUGGAACAUGGAGUGAUUACACGAGUAAUGCUGGUCAUCUUCCGCAAUUGAUACCUGAUCAGAUCCUCAAGCUUAAGCAACUCACUGUUCUUACACUGGCUAGCACGUCCGAGGUACUACCCUAUGACCAACUGAUGCAGGAGAUAGAUGUGACAAAUGUUAGUGAACUUCAACAUUUUCUGAUUGUUGAAUGCAUGUACCCGGGACUAGUAAGAGGAAAGCUGGAUCAUCUGCGACAAUGCUUUGUGGUCCAGUUUGCUGUAUGUAGAGACUUGACGCCUGCUAACCUUGGAAGUAUGAUACAGACACUCUCCAACUGGUUGUCUAGAUCAGAAAAUCUUCUUGUUUUACUUCAAGAGGAAAUAAAAUUGACUGAUGCUAGGCAUGAAAUUGAGAAGCUGCGGAAGAAGUGUGUGGAAGAGAAUCUACAAGAAGUAAAGAAUAAUCUUGUGAAGGCCCGUCAAGAGGAUGAUGAAGUUCGCUACCAACUGCGGAAGAGGAAGCGGCAUAUAACGUUUUGAACAUUGCAAUGGUUGAAGACGUUAAUUGGAUUGGUGUUUUAGUAGCUUGCUCACUUUUAUUCUUGGCAAGCCUCAACUCACAAUAUAUCUUUUAGAGACAAAUCGAUAUUGAACUUGUCUACCACACCACAAUAAGAGGCAAGAACAAGGGAAAACCUGUUAUUUCUCCAGUUUUUUUUGUUUUUUGGAAAUUGAUGCUACUUAUUGAGCCAUUAUAGUCGUCAAGUGUAUGGUGGUGUGGCCUUUUCUUUGUGUUUGUAAAUGGUAUGUUGUUUUUUGUUUUGCAUUGUGCCUCGUAUGAACUCCCUCUUUGUGGAUGUGCA